AUGUCUUCUGAAGCAACACCUGUCAAUACACAAGAAACAACACCUCGUUCACAAAAACAAUUGCCUGAAAGAAAGCCAGGUAAUACAAUGUUACCUCUAGCUCGAGUGAAGCGUGUGAUAAAGGAAGAUAAAGAUGUCUCGUUGAUCAACGCUGAAGCCACUUUUUGUAUUGCCUAUGCUACAGAAUUAUUUAUGGAAUAUCUCGUUACUGAAGCCUUUAAUAAAGCUAAAAAAGAAAAAAGAAAGACAGUCUAUUAUAAGGAUUUAGCAAGCACAGUCAAGGAAAUUGAACCAUUUGAAUUCUUGGAUGAUGUUAUACCUACCACCAUGACACUUAAACAAGCAAUUGAAAAGCGUAAACAAGCAUUAAAUGACGAUGCACCUUCAAUACCGCCUUCAAAAAAGUUAAAGACAUCUGAACAAACAACCGAAGAAGAUAAACCCAUUGAACAAACUGAAGAAGAAGACGAAGAAGACGAAGAAGAUACAGUCAUGGAAGAUCCAAAGCAUGAAUAAAAAGAAAUGCAUAAACUCUUAACCAAGUU